AUUUAGGAAAGACCCUCCCCGAACACUCAAGCAAUAAAUAGGGAGGGGUGGGAGAUUUGUACUUUCAGACUUGCAAGAUUCUGUUAAUGUAGCCUUACAAUAAAGUAGAAUCAGUUCCUCUAGUUGUGUUUCCGGUCUGGUCUACCUGGAAGGGCUGACAGGAGGUGACUGACUUUUGACUCUUAAUCCCAGAAGCAGAGGGUGGACUCAGAAUGGAAACGCAAAACCCCUUGAGAUCCGAACUGGGAAGAAACCAGGAAGGCAGAGGACACGAUCCCGGUGUUGUCCAAGCAAAGGCCGCUGGAGAACUUCUGAGGUGGGUUGCUCCUGAACAAAUCAAACAAGAAGUGGAUGAAGGGUUAGAACAGCGCUGGGGAGCUCAGUGGCAGAAGGCCUUGGAGGUGAUCAAGUCCCCUCAAGAAGUAUGGUGGCCCCUGCAGUUGUCCAACCUGACUUCAGGAGGAAGUUCGGAGACUGCCCAGGUUUCCUUAAAGGGGUCCAGCAGAGAGGGGCUGGCUCAGGCCCUGCCUGACCUCCCUGGGGACAGCCAUCGAGCCUGCAGACCUCUGGGUUCGUCUCAGCCGGUGAAGGUGGAAGUUCUGGAUGAAGAAGACACAGCCAGCUUUGAGAAGUGGCGCCAACAUUUCCGGCAACUCUCCUACCAGGAGGCCAAGGGGCCUCGAGAGAUUUGCCGGCGGCUCCAAGAACUUUGCUGCCAGUGGCUGAGGCCAGAGAAGCACACCAAGGAGCGGAUUGUGGAGCUGCUGAUCUUGGAGCAGUUCUUGACCAUCCUGCCCCGGGACAUGCAAAAUUGGGUCCGGGAGCGGGGUCCAGAGACCUGUGCGGAAGCUGUCGUUCUGGCUGAGGAUUUUCUCUUGCUCCUGCAAGAGCCUGAGAAACAGAAGGACCAAGGGACCCCAGAGGAAGAUGUUACAAACGUCCCCAAGUCGGAGCAAGAAUCAGCAAGCCCUUUAGAGAUGCAGUUCUCUGUGGAAGCCAGCUGGCUGGAAAAUGAUGAUCUGGAGAAGGAAGAGGAACCUCUUCAACUGGGAAGGCCUGAUUUGGAACAAAUGGGAGCUGGCGCCAAGUCCUCGGAAAGUGCCACGGUGAGGUUUUUCCCAGGCCCGGAGCUAGAAGAGAUUCCUGGAAGUCAGCAGGCAUCUGGAAUGCCCCGGGAUAGCUACCUCUGGAAGCUGGCUGAGCAGGCUUUCCUCUGCGAGGAUGCCGAGCGUGAGGGCCUCUUCCAACACAGGCCUGAAAAAUGCAAGCGAGCCGACAGCACUGGAGCUGAUUUUGGGAGAAACUUCCUCCAGAGCCUGGAGGCCCUCAAGAAUCAGAAGAAGCGCCUCCAGAAGUUCAAAUGCUCCUACUGCAGAGCCACGUCUAACAUCCGAGCAAACAUUGUUGUGCACGAGAGAAUCCAUACCGGGGAGAAGCCUUACAGCUGCCUAACUUGCAGCAAAAGCUUCAGCCGGAAAUCUACCCUGGUCAGGCACAAGAGGACCCACACAGGGGAGAAGCCCUACGCAUGCUCUGCAUGUGGGAAGAGCUUCAGUAUCCGGUGUAACCUUUUGCGGCACGAGAGGGUCCACACGGGGGAGAAACCCUUCCAGUGCACCUACUGCCCUCAGAGCUUCAGUCGGAGACUCAUGCUUGUGAUUCACGAGGAAACCCACAUGGAUGAGAAAAAAUUAUGAAAACUUGCCCAGUCCAGGGGAAACGGCUGCUGUUAGCUUUCCUCCUCUUGGCAAUCCAGCAGCCCAGCCGCUUCCCAAGCUUUUAUAACUCAUGCUUCAAUUCAUUCAGAAGGUUGCUGGUUGUCUUCCCCCUUCUGCAGACUUUCCUAGAACUCUGUCUAUAUUUUAUGUGUCUUCAGCUUGUGGAAAACUCCAACCAACAUCUUGUAAUGGUCUGUGGGAAUGACCUUGGGAGACUGGGCCAAGAAACGCUGCCUAGGGAACGGUCAGUUAAGAGACAGCACAGCCUGCGUUGGGCGGGGCAAGAGGCUCAGAAGGGACCUUCCCUAGUUUCUCAGGCUGUAAAAGAGAUGGUGGGGGGAGAGAAUUGUAUUUUCAGACUUGCAAGAUCGAUACUGGCCUUGCGGGGUAAACCAGACAGGAAUCACAACCAGAUGAGUUACUUCUACUUUACUGUAAAGCUACAUUGUCAGGACCUUGCAAGUAUGAAAGUACAAUACUCUCCCCCCCACCCCAUUUCCUUUACAGCCCAAGAAACUAGGGAGGGUCCCUUCUGAGCCGCUUGCCCCGCCCACUAUCCAGCUGCAGGCCAUGCUGUCUCUUCAUUGGCUGUUCUCUUGGCAUCUCUAGGCCCAGUCUCCCAAGGUCUUUCCCACAUACCAUCCCACAUCCACACUUUGUUGCCUCCAGCUCAGCCAAUGCAGAGUGUGGUUUGAACUUUUUCAUAGCCACCCCCUUCCCUCAGCACUCCAACGAGUUAAAUAACAAAAAUCCUCAUUCCCCUUCCAUAAAAAUAAAACCAGCUUAUUAGCA